UUGUGUUCGUUCGUCAUAUUGGAGGUGGUUUUCAUUAAAUAAAAUCACAAGAUAUUUUUAAACAAAUAAAAGUUGUAUUAAAAUUAUUAAUUAAUUAAAAAAGUUUAAACUAAAAGAAUUGCAAAAGAUUUAUUCAGUUCUAAAGUGUGCCCAUCUCGACUCCCGAGUGAUGAAAGAGAGAGUUUUAUAGCCUUCAUCCCAUUGGAAUAUCCGUAUAGAAAUCGUAUUUGAAAAGUGCAGUGUCCAUUUAACAGUGUUUUUCUAUUUCCUCAAUUUGUUAUUAUUUUGUUUUAGUUCAGUGAAAAUGAAAUAACACACCCAUACCUUACUUAUUAUUGGCUUGUUUAUUUUUUAACAUAUUUGUUAUUCGUUUGUUUCACCUACCUACUAGAAUUUGUUAUUGUUUCCCCAGUUGUGUUGUGAAUAAAAGAAAGAAAAGUUCGUUUAACCCUUGGUGCACGUUCAUUGCCCUAUGCCUCUCUCCCCUUAGCAAAGCCGGUAUCAUAUAAUUCUGCUUGUUUUCUUUGAAGCAGGACGAUAAUUUCUUCGGGGACGGGGAGAAAAUUUAAUUUAAAUAUAUAACACAAAAUUUAUACCUAGCAAAUUAAAAAUAAAACCCUUGCAAUUGGUUUGAAUUGGCAAAAUAUAAGAAAAAAUAUAAAAAUAUAUCUUUUGUUUUUGUGUUGGCUCCCAUAACCUGAUUGAAGAUUGGUUUGAAUGUAAAUUAAAACCUACCUUUUUGUUUUUUGGUUUUUAUACCUAAUUUAAAAACAAAGGUAACGUGCAAUAUUUUUUGAUACAAAAGAAGUGCAAGUUUCCAUUUAUCUAUGGAUUAAGAGUGUUUGUGUUAAGAUUUAUACCUAUACGAAAACGCACCAAAUUGUGGUGAAUUGAAAAUCUUUGUGUGUUGUUUUGGGUUGAGUGAAAUUUCGGAGGAAGACAUAACGAAUUUUUCACCUCAUAAUCAUCGUAAAAAUACAUUUUCGUGCUUUGAGGUGCAUGUUGGAUAUUAAAGUACCUACACUGAUUGGAUUAAAAGUGUCCCAACAGUUUUUGGAUACCUACAAAAAAUAAUGCUGCUUCUUUAAAAAUUGUUUGAAGGUGUCGGUGAACAAGAAAUCUUAAAUAACAAAUUUUGAACCCGAAAAGCAGUGAAAUAAUAAAAAAUUAAAUAGGAUUUAAUGAAAUCAUUUUGCAAUUCUGAAUAUUAAACAAGAACUAUUGGAAAGUUGGAAAGUAAUACUAAAAAAAAAACAAAUGAAUAAAUGCAAGUGAAAAUAAAAACCAUAUUAUUUGCGUAUGAGGAAUAACAAAUAAAAUAUUUAAGGUUUGAAAGCAAAGGAGAGUUUAUAUUCAAAAUAGUUAAUAACAAAUAAAGUUACUUACAACCGCUGGUGAAGCUUAAAACUUUGUAUCGGUCUAUUGACAGAAAAUGACGGAUGACAAUGGUUAGAUCAUUCGGAAAUUUAAGAAUACAAAAAUCUACACAUUUGGAUUUCUCAAUUUUAAUAAAUGUGUCUGACCAAACUAUACAGUUUAUGAGGGGAAGACACUUUUUAGCUGUUACGGGCAACUGGGUAAUGACGCGAGCAUUUCUUUUGCAGCGUUGGAAUUCUCUCGUAUAAAGAAUUAUGACACUGAGCCGUGGCCCGUAUAGCGAGCUCGAUAAAAUGAGCCUAUUUCAGGAUCUAAAGCUGAAACGAAGAAAAAUCGAUUCAAGAUGCAGUAGUGAUGGCGAGUCAGUUGCUGAUACUAGCACUUCGUCGCCAGAUCUCUUAGCUCCAAUAUCGCCGAAAAUGUGCGACCAAGGGCCAAUUAUUUCUAUAACGUCGUCAUCGAUAACAUCGGCGGCCGUUACAACAUCAACAACAACUGCAUCAGCCGUUGUUGUUGCUGCAAAAGCUGCUGCAGUUGCAGCUGCAGCAGCUGCUGUCGUUGCUGUCAACCAACAACAGGAACAACAAGUGAGUAAUAGUAUCAAACAAGAACCACAAGCGCACUCUUCUAGUUGUACGGUGAAGCAAGAAACGCAAACGCAACAAAUACAUUCAACGAGUUGCACUCCAUCGGCAAUGGCAGCGACGUCGGUUAUGUCACCUCCUCCAUCAAACGCACGAACACCGCCAACGCCGGAAACAACGAGUGCAAGGAGUCCGCCGCCGUCUAUAUCAAGAACUACACCAACACCUCCCCAUGGCAAUGGAAUGACGAGUAGUACUAGCUGUGGAACUAGUAAUGAUGGUGAUAGUAGUCGAACGUCGCCUGAUUCUCUCGAUGACAAGCCCUCAACAACAACUAAUCCGACUCCUUCAAAUGGAAUGCAUGGUCCAUCGUCAACGUUUGGUCAAUCGGAUAUGAUGGUAAACAGUAGCAGUGGUGGUGCCAGUACCGGAAAUGGACCUGGGGGUGGAAGUGGAAAUGGAUGCGAUGGAGGAGGAAGUAGUAGUGGUAGUAGUAAUAGUGUUAAUUUGAGUGUGAUACGUUCCGUUAAAGAAGAACGCAUAUUGGCUUCGCCAACAAAAAUGAUGGCAUAUCAUCACCAUCAACAACAGCAACAUCAAUUGCAACAGCUGCAGCAACAACAGCAGCAUCAUCAACAGCAACAAGAACAGCUACAGCAACAACAAAUACAACAGCAACAGCAGUCGCAGUCGCAUCAACAACAGCAACAGCAACACCAUCAACAACAGCAGCUGUCCUCACCUAAAGGCUUAACGCAGUCGCAGCAACAUGUUACCGUAUUGGUGACACCUUCAAGAGUAAAGUCUGAACCACAACAACAUUCAACCUAUCAACAACACAGCGGUAGUAACAAUAAUAUUCAUUCUUCUCUUCCGCCCUCCCAACAUCAGCUGCUUCAGCAACACCAGCACCAUCAGCAGCAGCAGCAACAACAACAACAACAACAACAGCAGCAGCACCAUCCACAUCACUCGUCUCAUCAACAACACCAACAGCACAUGCAACACUUACAACAAAAUCCACACAUCUCCUCACGAAAGUCCAGCCCUCCCUCCCACCAACAGCAGCAACAUCAAUUUCACAGUCACACCCGGGGUGACAAUGGUCACAAUAUGACAAUAACCACUUCUUCGACGUCGCCCAUGCACCUAACGCAGUCUCAACAACUGCAGAUCCUGCACGCAGCCGCAUCAACCCAAGCCAUGAUCUCGCGACAACAAAUGUCUCCAAACUCAAUGUCACCCUCGUCACGUCAAGGGCCUCUCAUGUCCCAAGUGAACUCGUCACAAUCUCCACAACAUCAAUCGCACCAUCUGUUGCAGCAACAACAACAACAACAGCAGCAACACGUUCGAAUCAAAAAGGAGCCCUUGCCUAUGUUGAAUCUAUCUCCAACGGCACAUCACAGACAACAGCAGGUGCAGCAGUCCCAACCACCCCAGAUGCCAACACAGUCAAUGAGUAACCUUACGGCACAAGCUCUCAUGCACCCAAGCCUGCAGCUGCGCCACCCAUCUAGUCGCGAUGCCUCUUCGCUAUUAUUUCGCGUUAAGAACGAAGUUCACCAGCAGCUACCGAAUUUGAUGCAAUCCUCGCCUGCUCAACGCAUGGUUUGGGUUUCAAAUAAUGCCCGUAUAAAUGGUGUCAAGCCCGAAGUAAUUGGUGGGCCGAUUGGAACCUUACGCCCCAAUGCUCCAGUGCAAUCACCCUCUCCUCAUCAUUCGUCCUCUUCGUCAUCAUCACAGUUAUCCCCUCAAACACCAUCACAAACACCACCGCGAGGAACACCUACAGUUAUAAUGGGUGAAAGCUGUGGUGUUCGUACAAUGGUGUGGGGUUAUGAGCCUUCUCCACAGUCCGUUCAGUCUCCACCUGCCGCUCCGACUCCACCAACCCCAACCCCGGGCCCAUCCCAAAACACCGAAGAGGCUGCUCAAUUACUUCUCAGUCUAGGACAAACUCGGAUUCAAGACAACAGACCCCGCCCGCAACCUUUUCGAACACCGCACGCUCUUAAUAUGGAACGACUGUGGGCCGGUGACUACAGCCAACUUCCGCCUGGUCAAUUACAAGCUCUAAAUUUAAGUGCCCAACAGCAGUGGGGGGCAUCGAAUUCGGUAGGUAGUGGCAAUAUGGCUCACAAUCGACCUCUUGAUGCUCCGCACGACCCAACCGAUGAGGACGAACAACCCUUGGUGUGUAUGAUAUGUGAAGAUAAGGCAACAGGUUUGCACUAUGGAAUCAUUACCUGCGAGGGAUGCAAAGGCUUCUUUAAACGAACCGUUCAAAAUCGUCGUGUUUACACAUGUGUUGCUGAUGGAACCUGCGAAAUAACCAAAGCACAGAGAAAUAGAUGUCAGUAUUGUCGUUUUAAGAAAUGCAUCGAACAAGGAAUGGUGCUACAAGCUGUACGCGAGGAUCGAAUGCCAGGAGGUCGAAACAGUGGUGCCGUUUACAAUUUGUAUAAAGUGAAAUACAAAAAACAUAAAAAAUCCGGCCAAAAACAACUACAACAACAACAGCAGCAGCAACAACAGAUGCAACAGCACCAUCAUCAGCAGCAACACCAUUCGCAACAGCAGCAACACCAUCUUCAGCAUCAACAUCAUCACCAGCACUCGCACCAUAAUCAGCAAACGCCGCAUGGUGGAAUGUCCGGACAGCAGCAGCACCAACAACACCAGCAGCAACAACAACAGCAUCAGCAAUCGCAGCUACCACACCAACAACCGCAUUCGCAGCACCAACAGAAUCCUUUGUCACCGCACCAUACGGGCAGUCAAUCAUCCUCAAACCAUCAUCACCCGCAUCACCACUCAAGCCAGUCACCCCACCAUCAUCACCACGCUCUGCAAAUUGCACAGCAGACGAAAAUAAGUACUGCUGCUGGUUCAUCGUGCGGCAAUGAUAUCAAAAAUGUGUUCCUAUGUCCUUCCGUCUUGAAGCAAGAUGAUGAAACCCAAGAUAUCAAGCUGCCCUCGCAUUUGGUAAACGGAACAAUACUUAAGACUGCCCUUACGAAUCCCAGCGAAAUAGUACAUUUACGCCAUCGACUAGACAACGCAGUAAGCUCCUCCAAAGAUCGACAGAUCUCCUACGAACAUUCGGUUAACAUGAUCCAAACAUUAAUUGACUGCGAUGCCAUGGAGGACAUAGCAACCUUACCACAUUUCUCCGAAUUCCUUGAGGAUAAGUCUGAAAUAAGCGAGAAACUUUGUAACAUUGGUGACUCAAUUGUUCACAAGCUUGUGUCUUGGACCAAAAAGCUACCCUUCUACCUUGAAAUCCCGGUAGAGAUUCACACAAAACUGUUGACGGAUAAGUGGCAUGAAAUUUUAAUACUUACAACGGCAGCCUACCAGGCGCUGCACGGUAAGAGAUUGUCGUGUUCGACAACUGGAGGUGGUGGUGCCAGUGGUGCAUCAACAACAUCCACGAACCCAACAACUCCCAUAACAUCAAUGGGAAUGCCUUUGCAGAAGGACGAUCCGGAAUUUGUUCAGGAGGUCAACGCGCAUUUAAGUACACUCCAAACAUGCCUCACAACGCUAAUGGGUCAACCAAUUGCGAUGGAACAGCUGAAGAUGGACGUUGGACAUAUGGUGGAUAAGAUGACUCAAAUAACCAUAAUGUUUCGGCGGAUUAAGUUAAAAAUGGAAGAAUAUGUGUGCUUGAAGGUCUACAUUUUACUUAACAAGGAAGUGGAGCUAGAGAGUAUACAAGAACGUUAUGUUCAGGUGUUGAGAACGUAUUUACAACAUUCUUCACCACAAAAUCCACAGGCGAGAUUAGGUGAACUUUUGUCGCAUAUACCAGAGAUUCAAGCAGCUGCUAGUCUUUUACUCGAAAGUAAGAUGUUCUACGUACCAUUUGUCCUAAAUUCUGCUAGCAUAAGGUAGCAAAUGCAGGAGCGUGGACUCAUUUCCAUGGAUGAUGAUCCACCAUCGCCUCCCCCGCCACUACGAACCUCACCACAAAAGAUAAUGUUACAUCAUUCACUAUCCUCCACAUCAUCAAUAUCGCCUCAGCAUCAGCAUCAGAAUCAACAUCAACAUCAGCAACAAAACCAUGGAUAUAGAAGUUUACCAGAACUAUCACUGUCAACAAAUGCAAUUAAUCAACAACAGCAACAGCAACAACAACGACUAAAAGAUAUAAAACCAACACUGCCAGUUCAUUCUUUGUUGAAAUCCUCGCUACUUGCACCAUCUUCUUUAUCAUCGUCAUCUUCAUCGUCGUCGUCGUCGACAACAACGUCAACUGCAUCUACAAUGCAAUAUCAAGAGACUAAACGGCAAGACCAACAACAAACAAUUGCAACAGAACUGCCCAUCCAACAAUAUAAGUCAAUUUUACACACGCAUUUAAUGUCAAAGCAAGUACCGUCGUCGUCAUCGUCGUCCUCAUCAUCCUCAUCUGCCUCGACAAGCGGGACAAAUUCAACAACUUCAGCUCCCUCAAGUGGAACAAUGAAUUUAAUGAGCACAAACGCCUCAGCCGGCCGAAACCACUUGCAGGAUAUGGCACAACGUCCGCAUAACCAACAAUACACACUGCCAACAACGAAUAAGCAACACCAUCUAAUUCAAGGUCACCAAAACAAGACUCCAACAUCUUCGACAAUGACGACGACGUUGCUGCCACAUUUCGUCAUAUCGACACCAUCAACCACAAAUAACGGUAGUAAUAGUAUCAAUAGCAACAAUAACCUAAGCAAGAGUAAUUCUAAUAAUUAUAUUACCGAUGUAAGUAAUAGUCUAAGUUAUAAUAGUCUAAGUAGUAGUAAUAAGAAUAACAACGCUAACAGCUGUCCAAAGAGCUCUUCAACCUCAUACCAAGUUCAGACGCCAACCACCAGUCAUCAAACUGCCACAACUGCCACAGCGACGACUCAAACCCAAACUGAUGAUGUGAAUAUUGAGGGUGGCAAUAAUAAUAUAUUAAAUACAAACUCUAGCGGCCAUCACAUGCAUGUGGUGCCAUCUAGCAGUGGCAAUACCGGUACUGGUACUGGGACUGGGACUGGAAAUAGUGUUUUAAAUGCGUCCGGGGUAAAUAAUUUGACUGGUGGUGGAACUAUAUCGAGGCGCGGCCCUCCUCAUCAUCAUGAAGCUGUUACCGUUGUUGUAUUUAAAACAAUGUUACCUGAUGACUGAAUUCAAAUAUAAAGGAUUAAAAAUGGAUGACACAUACUUCCUUUCUAUGUGUUUUUCCUUAUUUAAACUUUUCCUUUUUUAAUUAUUGAUUUAAAAAAAAAAAACUAAACUAAUUCUUACCUAUAUGAUGGUAGGGCUGCAUUAUACAAAUAAAUUUAUAUAUGUAUGUAUAAAUAUAUUUCUUUUUUAUAUAUAGAUACUUUUUUACGCAUUGUAUAUUUGUUUAUAACCAUUUGU